UGAUUGGCAACACGUUUGCCGGAAGGUGGCUAAUUGAAACCCUGACCUUUGUUCAGCGUCCAGCAAAAUGAGUGUUAUCAAGUGACCUGCGAUAGAGAUAAAAUCCACAUAGCAAAAAAGAGGAAACGUGACGCGCGAGUGUGCAAAAUGUCCAAUUUGAAUCUGUCGAAUGCGCCACGCCGUUUGGCCCCCGGGACGGCCACACCGGUGACGAGUAGAGAUCCUGUUCCAGGAUCCAUUCCGAGUGCACCUGCCCAGCCACCGGUGGUGCCCGCGGUCCUCACGGCACGACUGACCUCGGACAACACGGUGACCAGCGGAGUGGCAAGCCAGCAGCAGGUGCUGCACCACCAGGUGUCGCCGGAGCGGCAUCCACCCAGUUCCUGCCCGGACUCACCCAUCCGCAGGGUAUCGUCGAGCUUAAAAAAUUCAGCGUUGGAUUUCGCCUCGCGGUUCUUUAACAAAUGCAAAGCGGCCACAUUCACGGUGGACGGUGCCACCUACACAAUCGGUGAGUAA